CAGGUCGUGCGAAACCCUCCGACCGGCCGGGACCUCGGGCAUUUUUCGCCUUGCGGUGCAAACGGCCAACGGAGGCAUGAGCCGUCGCCGCGGGAGCCCGGUCCGGCCCACCGGACCCGCGUCUCCGGACCCGCUGCCGGCCUCCAGGAUGAACACGGGCGGAAAGCAGAGCCUUUAAGAGGAUCCCGAUGGAAACCCUCCCCAACAGAUGUUAAGCAAGAAUCAUCCAGAUGGGGUGCAGGUGCUGCAAAUUAAUACAAAGUUACCUGCUGGACCCGGUGCAAGCGCCAUCGCCCGCCUACGUGGCCGAGCUGACCAGCCGGGGUCCCGCAGAGUGCAUCGUGCCAAACCCCAAGGCCCCGCAGUCCGGAGGAACCCAAGGACACAAAAGCCAGCUCUAUAUCGAGGAGCCGGCGAGCACUGACAUCCAGGAGGAAGAGCCCUCCCCACCGGGAGAGGUGCAGUUGUCCUGGGUGCCUGCUGCCCCAGAAGAGGCCACCGGCACCGAGGACUGGACUGAGGAGGCCACUAAUGGCAUCGGCCUUUGCCUGGGCGGACUCCCCGGGGGGGACCCCAGUCACAGCCCCGCCGGCUCCCCUACAAACAGGGACAGCCCCACGGUGGGCCAGGGUCAGCCCGGAGCGAACUUGGAAGGGUACAGUGGGCCCCGAGUCCUCAGCGGUGCCCAAAGCCCCCAGCCGGGCACAUCCCAAACCAGGGGAGAGGACGUUUCAGGCCAUGACGCCGGGCCACUCCCAGCCGCGGACCCCCCUGGCGCCUCGCUCUCAGCUGAUGGCCGGCCCGAGGGCUCCUUCGACUGGCCCCGCCUCGCGUCGGGGCCGGCGACCCUCCCCAUGGUUGGGGAUCACUUCUCUGGUCGGCCCAGCGCCAGGAGCGGGAGGCAAAACUCACCAGGGGAAGUUGUUGAGGCCGAGGUCGUGAUGGUCUCACUAAGCACAGAGGGGCCCAGCCGGGCGGGCAGAGGCCAGUGGGAGCGAGCGGGGAUGGGAGAGGAGGAGGAUGAUGUGGCCGUGGCGGAAGCCCUGGCAGCACUGGAGGCUGCUACGGCCGGUGAGGAAGUAGGAAUGGACAAAGAGUAGAUUGCUCCGACCUGGACCCCGGCCUGUCCUCCCCUAUCAAGGUAAGGCCGCACCUCUUGGGCCACAGUGAGCCCGGUGGGGGUGGACACAGGCCCUAGUGCACUCUGGGACAAAUACGCACCCAAUCCAGCUGUAGAGGGCUGCGCCUGCUCCAUAUGCAGAGAAGUCACACGCUAGGAUUUCUAGCAAACAGGUACUGGAGAGAAGUGGUAAUAGCCUUUUCCCACCGUGCCCACACCGACUGGACCCUGCAGCCAGCCUGACACACCCUUGACCCUGUGGGUUGACCCCCCCCCCCGGGACGGGGAGGGGAUUCCUCCGCUCUCCCCACCCCCAUUUCAACAAUUAAUUUCCCCCUCCCCGGGAGAUUAAAUUCAGAACCAGUUAGCUCCAGUCAACGUCUACUGGAAGCCAUUAGCGUGACCCCGAGACCCCUUUCCCUGUUGGUUUUUCCACUAGCCAAGGGAGGGGCCGGGUGGCUGUUCAGGAUAAAGCUGAGGUGCUCCCGUGCCCCCAGCUUUCAGGGUGCCAGAGGUCCUGUCCAUCACAAAUCGCCACCCUGACCCUCGCCCCACUGUUUCAACCGACCAUGCAACUAAACCACACAAUUCUGAAUGGCUGGUUUCUUUUAUCUUCUUACCUCAAAAGGGAAGUAAUUUGGGUCACUCCAGACUGUUAGCUCCUUGUAGGCAGGGAACAUGUCUACCAACACUUUUAUAUGUACUUUCCCCAAUGCUUAAUACAGUGCUCUAUGCACAGGAAGCACUCAAUAAAUACUAAUGAUUGAUGGAUCAAUUGGCCCAGCCUAGAUGUGGAGGCAUCCACUAAGCUCACUACUAAUCGCUCUGUGACCUUACAGAAGUCACUAUUAAAUCGGAUUCCCAGAAUAACUGAGUGCCAAAUCUGGGAAGGGAAGUCAGAGCAGAGUGCCACAACCGGUCUGAUAUCUGGACAGUGAUCUUUGGAAGACGGAAAAAAGUUACCCUGCUGACAGAAAUCUGUGCAAAGAGCAAUAAACAAUGGAAUGCCCCUUUCACACCUAUGUAAAGGUGGUGAUAUCAGACUCCUGCACCCCAGAAUGCUCAGUGAAGUCACUUGGCUCUGGAAAGAAGGAGCCCCAGGGAGGAGUCCUCCCCUGUCCCCAGAUCGGGGGACAUAACUGAGCCCAUUUGGAAUUGGGGAAGUAUGGGUGCAGCUCCUCUCCUGGGAUCCUGCUGAGGAAGGUGGGGGGCGAGGGGGGAGAGGGCAGCAUCAUAAUAAUUACUUCCAGGACUUGGGAAUGACAUUUCCACCUAGGUUCCCUUCUCUCAGCUCCCCUGUCCUUGUUGGGCUCCACACCCUUAUUUGAGAGCCCAAAGGGGCAGGGGCGCUGCAAGCUGGAAGCAGAAAUAAAGGCUGGGAGGAAAGGGGUCUGCCUGCUAGGUCGCCAUCCCUCGACCCCUUUUCCCUAUCCCUACACUGCCUCCUAGUAGCUUGGAGCUCUGCUGUUCUCAGGAGCAGAGGAUCACUCUUCCAGGGAGGGAAGGGUUAACAAGAGGAGCCCACUAGGCCCCAGGCCUGGCAGGAGGCUGGAUGCAAGCAGUCGCAGAACAAGUGGGAAAUCGCAAGACUUUACUCGGUUUGAAGGUCAUUUGUGCCCUGGACAGAAACAACGUAGGAAGGGAAGUGGCUCUACGUUUUGGUUUGGAACAAAUUUAUCCCUGUGGAAAUGUGAAAUUAAAUAUUCAUCACUGCACAAUGCA